AUGGCCCUGACCCUGUUCGAUACAGAUGAAUAUAGACCUCCUGUUUGGAAAUCUUACUUGUAUCAGCUGCAGCAGGAAGCACCCCAUCCUAGGAGAAUCACCUGUACAAAUGAGGUAGAAAACAGACCAAAGUAUUAUGGAAGAGAGUUCCAUGGCAGGAUCUCCCGGGAAGCCGCCGACCAGCUCCUGAGUGUGGCUGAGGGGAGCUACCUCAUUCGGGAGAGCCAGCGCCAGCCAGGAACCUACACGUUGGCUUUAAGAUUUGGAAGUCAAACCAGAAACUUCAGGCUCUACUACGAUGGAAAGCACUUCGUUGGGGAGAAGCGCUUUGAGUCCAUCCACGAUCUGGUGACUGAUGGAUUGAUUACUCUCUAUAUUGAAACCAAGGCAGCAGAAUACAUUGCCAAGAUGACGAUAAACCCAAUAUAUGAACACAUAGGAUACACAACCUUAAACAGAGAGCCAGCAUACCAAAAACAUAUGCCAGUCCUGAAAGAGACACAUGAUGAGAAAGAUUCUACAGGCCAGGAUGGGGUGUCAGAAAAAAGGUUGACAUCACUUGUUAGAAGAGCAACUCUGAAAGAAAACGAGCAAAUUCCAAAAUAUGAAAAGGUUCACAAUUUCAAGGUCCACACGUUCAGAGGGCCACACUGGUGUGAGUACUGUGCCAACUUCAUGUGGGGUCUCAUUGCUCAGGGAGUGAAAUGUGCAGAUUGUGGUCUGAAUGUUCAUAAGCAGUGUUCCAAGAUGGUCCCAAAUGACUGUAAGCCAGACUUGAAACAUGUCAAGAAGGUGUACAGCUGUGACCUCACAACACUGGUGAAAGCCCACAUCACCAAGCGGCCCAUGGUGGUGGACAUGUGCAUCAGGGAAAUUGAAUCCAGAGGUCUUAACUCUGAAGGACUAUACCGAGUGUCAGGAUUUAGUGACCUCAUUGAAGAUGUCAAGAUGGCUUUUGACAGAGAUGGAGAGAAAGCAGAUAUUUCUGUGAACGUGUAUGAAGACAUCAACAUCAUCACGGGUGCACUGAAACUCUACUUCAGGGACUUACCGAUCCCACUCAUCACCUAUGACGCCUACCCCACGUUCAUAGAGUCCGCCAAAAUUAUGGAUCCUGAUGAGCAAUUAGAGACCCUUCAUGAGGCGCUGAAACUGCUGCCGCCCGCUCAUUGCGAGACCCUCCGGUACCUCAUGGCGCAUCUGAAGAGAGUGACCCUCCAUGAGAAGGAGAACCUCAUGAAUGCAGAAAACCUGGGGAUCGUUUUCGGCCCCACCCUCAUGAGGUCCCCGGAGCUCGACGCCAUGGCUGCACUGAACGAUAUCCGAUAUCAGAGACUGGUGGUAGAGCUGCUCAUCAAGAAUGAAGACAUUUUAUUUUAG